GCAGAAAUUUUCUUUUAGAUGCUUCAAUUCAAAUUAAUCUUACUGCCCGCUUAGAUAAUUGUUGGGACUCUGGUUUGUGUUCUGAAGAACGAAGACUUGAAAGUGGAGACUCACUCUCUAUUCUCUCUCUAGGUUCCAUCACAGCUGAAGAUCGAGAACUAGGGUUUUUGCUCUUCAUUCAGUUUGCGUCUGACUUGAGAAGAAGGUCCGCACCAUGGAGGCAGUGGUGAUUGACGCUGGUUCGAAGCUCCUUAAAGCAGGCUUUGCCGUCCCAGAUCAGGCUCCGUCCAUGAUAAUUCCUACCCAAAUGAAACGCAUGCCUGAAGAUGGAUCAUUGACUGAUACUUCAUUAGAUGAGGACAUUACUGUUGAUCCAGUAGUACGGGGUUUUAUUAGAGAUUGGGAUGCCAUGGAAGAUUUGUUGCAUCAUGUUCUAUAUACUGGCCUUGGAUGGGAAAUGGGCAAUGAAGGACAAAUUUUAUUCACGGACCCACUUGCAACUCCCAAGACUGUUAGAGAACAAUUGGUGCAAUUGAUGUUUGAAACAUUUAACAUCUCGGGCUUUUAUGCGUCGGAGCAAGCAGUGUUAUCACUUUAUGCAGUGGGGCGUAUCUCAGGCUGUACUGUCGAUAUUGGUCAUGGAAAGAUAGAUAUUGCACCAGUGAUUGAAGGAGCGGUUCAUCAGAUAGCUUCGAGAAGAUUUGAGAUUGGAGGUAUUGAAUUGACAAAGCUGCUUGCUCAGGAGCUUGCUAAGUCCAAUCCACUUGUAAAAAUCAAUAUUUCUGAUGUUGAGAAAUUGAAAGAGCAAUACUCAUGCUGUGCUGAAGAUGAUCUUGCUUACGAGAAGACCCAAAAGUCCUGCCAGCAAGAGCAACAUACUCUGCCUGACGGGCAGGUUAUCACGAUUGGGCGAGAAAGAUAUACUGUUGGAGAGGCUUUAUUCCAACCUUCUAUUUUGGGUUUAGAGGCACAUGGAAUUGUUGAGCAACUAGUUCGUAGUAUCUCGUCUGUAUCAUCUGAGAAUCACCGACAGCUGCUGGAAAACACAGUACUCUGUGGUGCGACUGCCUCUAUGUCUGGUUUUGAGGAUAGAUUCCAGAAAGAAGCUAGUCUCUGCUCAUCAGCUGUCCGUCCUUCUCUUGUAAAGCCUCCAGAGUAUAUGCCAGAGAACUUGACAAUGUAUUCAGCAUGGGUGGGAGGUGCCAUACUUGCCAAAGUUGUCUUCCCUCAGAAUCAGCAUAUAACCAAGACAGAUUACGAUGAAACUGGACCUUCCAUUGUUCACCGGAAAUGCUUCUGAAAAUUCCUACAUUAGUGAGUUCUUAAGUCCUAGUUUGGCCUUGAGUUCCUGGUUGUAUUAUCAGUUACUAGUUAUGUUAUGGUAAGCCAUGAUUUGAUUACCGUUCUGACACGAAAGAAAAUAGCUGAUUAACUUGUGGUCUAAAAUAUCGUAGUUCAUUUCUGUCACUUAAUUUAAAGCCAACCUUUUAUACACCAGAACAGAACACCUUAUUUAUGGUAAACUGCUGUAGACCUCUCUCUCGAAUUGUUUUAUAAAAUCAUUUUUCAAGCAA